UCAGAGGAAGUGGAAAUCUGUGAACAGUCAUUUCAAUACAAACAUGAGUGAGAGACAGGGUGCUGGAGCAGCAAAUGGAAAAGACAAGACAUCUGGUGAAAAUGAUGGGCAAAAGAAAGUUCAAGAGGAUUUUGAUAUAGACAUGGAUGCACCAGAGACAGAGAAGGCUGCAGUGGCAAUACAGUCUCAGUUCAGAAAAUUCCAAAAGAAAAAGACUGGCUCCCAGUCUUAGUAGCUACCUCACAGUUUCAGCAUCACCACUUCCUGAUCUGACAGGAAAUGAACAAACAAACAAACUAGAUGCAUGUACAGAAAUUAUCUCUAUUUAAAACUCCAUUGGAAGGUAUUAAAACUAUAAAGCUUAUGUGUGGCAUAAUCUCUGUGUAACUCCAUUCUCAUUGCUUCUG